UUAUAAACAAACAAAGUCUUCCUCGACUUUCUCUCAAAACCAGUCGCCACCUAUAUCUGUGUUUAUCUUUAUUUGUUUUGGAAGCUCAUCUCUUUCCCCCUUAUUCUCUCCUGCUUCAAAGCCAAAGACUCUCUCUCUUCCCUUUGUAUCGUUCCCUUUUCUCUCUUAUUUCUAAACUAAAUUCCGUUGAAGCAAAGAAUAAAAGAAGCCCACACCUUAGCCUUUUAUCCAAUGGCAGUUGAAGCUCCUCAUAUGAAUCCUUUCCCUCCUCAGUUAAUCACCAACAGCAGUGGUUUUAUGAAAACAAACCAAGGGAGUGGUAAUAUAUGCAGUGGCCAGGUGGAUUAUUGUAUUCCGUUGGUUGAUUCAAUGAAACAAGAUUCCCAGUUUUUUCCAUUAUAUCAAUCCCUUGUCUGUGAUCCGAUUUCGGCCAAAACUUCAAUCAAUAAAGCUGACAGUGGCCUUACCUAUAAUAUGAAUAUCCAAGUCUCCGCAACAAGAAAAAGGUCCAGAGAUUCAUUCAUCAAUGGCUUUGAUUCAUACACUGUCUCCCAAAAGAACAAACUUUGUGGUGUUUCCUCUGUUCUUGAUGAUGAUGUCUUCUCCCAGAUCCAACAACAACAACAAGAAAUCGAGCGUUUCAUUGCUGAACACACGGAGAAAGUGAGGUUUGAACUUGAAGAAAGAAGAAAAAGGCAAUCGACAAUGUUGAUUACUGCAAUCCAAGAAGGGGCAAUGAAGAAACUGAUGGAAAAAGAAGAAGAGAUGCAGAGAAUGGGGAAACUGAACUGGAUUCUUCAAGAAAGGGUUAAAAGCCUGUACGUAGAGAACCAACUGUGGAGAGACCUGGCACAAACAAACGAAGCCACUGCCAAGUCCCUGCGUACCAAUUUAGAGCAAGUCCUGGCGCACGUCAGCGACGAACGCCACGUGAGCGGCGGAGGCGCAGCCGCGCUGGCCGAUGAUGCGGAGUCUAGCUGCGGAAGCAGCAAUGAAGGGUGGCGCACGGUGGUGCCACCGCAGCCACAAGGGAGCGGUGGAUGUGCGCCGGAUAAGGCGGUGGUGGUUGGGAAUCAUAAUAUUAGGAAGUGUAGGAAGUGCGGGGAAAGGGAGUCAAGUGUGCUCUUGCUGCCAUGCAGGCAUCUUUGUCUCUGUACAGUUUGUGGGUCCACUCUGGUAGGCACUUGCCCUGUUUGUGAUUCUAUUACCAAUGCCAGUGUUCAUGUUAACAUGUCAUGAAACAAUUCUUUUUUUCUUUCCCCCUUCUUUGUUAAGAUUUCUUUACUUAGUCAAAACUCCCCCAGAAAAACAGAAAAAAAGAAAUGCAAAUAUCUUUUUAGAAAUGGAUCAUAGAAAAAAGAAAUUCAGUAUUA